AUGAUAUUUGAGCACUAUGGUGUAGAGAAGUACCACUGGGAGUCUCAUAUUGGAUCCGCUGAUAAUGUUCUUCGACUCCAAAAAUACAAUGCAGCUGAGGAGGAGAAAUCUCACGUGGGUAUUCCAGAGCACACAGACAUGGACCUCAAUACGAUUAUUUAUCAAAACCAUGUGAAUGGCUUAGAGGUCAAAACAAAGCACGGUGAUCAAUGGAUUGGCUUUGAUGCCUCCCCUAACUCUUUUAUAUUCAUGACUGGAGACGCCUUUCAGGUAUGGAGCAAUGAUAGAAUACAAGCUUGUCUGCAUAGAGUGAAGAAGAGCGAAGAUGCAGUAAGAUACUCAGUUCUGCUCUUUACAUUUCACAAUGGGAUCAUAACUGUGCCCAAGGAAUUGAUUGAUGAGGAACACCCUUUGAAAUAUAAGCCACUGAAUAAUCAUGAAUAUCUUGCUUCACGAGUCGGUCAAACGUCCAGAGCUUCUAUUAAGGAAUUCUGUGGUCUUUGA